AUGUCCACGCCUCGACGAUUUCCAUGUCCGGGAUACGGUCUCAUCCUCCGAUGGGGCCAAGAAGUGGCUAGCAGAGGUAGACUGGCGGGCAGGCAGCUACCUCUACCAUGCUCCCCGACUAUUGCCCACUACCCUGAUGCUGUAACUUCCGAACUCAUGUAUCACUACCAUCAGAUUGUCAUCAUUCCGCUGGCGGGGGCAUCGUCGACUGUCCUUCAUGCCAUGCUUGCACUUUCGUCGGAAGAUCUUGCUGCGCGUUACCCGAACGACCAUCCGCGUCGCCAGCAGCUGCAGGUCGUCUCUCUUCUUCGCCACAUGAGGCAGGAAGGCUCUUCCUCCAAUCAGGCCCAGUGCGCACUGGCCGCCACGCUCAUCCUCUAUAACGUCGAACUCCUCGGCGCUGCAUCGGCUAAGUGGCGGAUGCACUUGGAGGCCGCACGUGUGAUCCGCCGAUGGAAAGAACACACACUGAUGGACGCCGGAGGCACCGACGAAAUCGAUGCCUUUUUAGUCCACGAGCAGUACUACGCCAGUGUUUUUGCUAGCCUCACCACUUUCGAUGCCCUUGGGGAGUACGAGGCAAUUCCGCUGACUGAUUCGAAUGCUAUAUUUAGCGACUUUGUCGACAUAAUCAGUCGAACGACACAUGUGGAGCGCUUGCAAUCUAGUGAUGACUAUGGGAUGGUUUUUUCAUUGCUUGACACGAUGAUAGGAGAUUUGGAAGCCGCCAAGGCCCGCAUGCUGGAGUUCAGCCUUAUACUUUGCUGGCAAACCGACCAGGCCUGUCUCAGUUUCCAGCACCUGGUGUGGAUCUUUUACUACUCCGGCCUAAUUUAUGUCCACCACGUCCUCACCAGGAACGGUUCUCCAGAUAACAUAUGCCAGUCUUGGAGAGAUUCCAUCCUUAUCCAUCUCGCCCUUCUCGUUGACAAGCACUCAUUCGCUCAUGACCUUGUGUGGCCGCUUUUCAUUGCAGGCACCGAGUGCCGUGGGUGCCCGCAGAAACAGGAAGUGGUCGCACACGAGAUUGAACUGGUUAUGGAGGUUAGCGGCACAUUGGACCGACGCAAUGUCUUGUCCUUCUUGAAGCGACAUUCGGAGAACGUCCUCCACAUUUCUUCCCGAAAGCCUGGCUUCCUUUCGGGCCUCACGGAACCGAAUGCGCCAAAUGAUGUGGCUGAGGUAAAUUCCCAGCUCGAGUACCACACUGGUCACUGGUCAGAUACUCUGAGCAUAUACCGCGAGGCAAGUAAUGGGCUCACACGACGAUAUACAUAACCCCGCCAAGGAUAUCGAAUGACCCUUGUGCCACUGUUGGACUCCGUUAGCAUGUCGCAUAGUGUAAGGUGUAGCAACCAUACCAAGGGCGAAAAUUGAAAACAGCCCUCCCAGCGUGUCGAUGCAUAAGAAGACCCAAUCUAUGUCGAUGAGAAUUCGUGACUUUGCCCCCGGGGAACAUGAGUGUCACGUACUUAUUCCGAUCACCCGUCCUUGCCUUUUCCCCAAUUCAAAGUAUAUUGGUAGCAUGCCGCCAGCGAGAAGUACCGUGGCUAUCGCACCCACCAGGAUAUCC